AUGACGUCUACCCUUCAUGAGGAUUGGUCGAAUCAUCUUCAAAUCUGCCUUACUUCUUUUAAAAUUUUGAAAAUACACAUAGGACCAGUAAAGUUCAGCCCUAUCAUUGCCCUUACUAUGAAUAUUCCUCUGGAGAGUCUCAAGGCGACCACCCUCACAAACAUUGAAGUGUUCCUCAAAAAGCAUACACAGCUUCCUGGAGAAAAGCAUAUGCUUAUCGAGGCCACGUUGCUUCGAGCUAUGGAUCGCACAGUAUCCAUGCGGGUUCUCACCAGCCUCGGAGUAAAGAGGGUCUUCAAAAUCCAGGAACUACCUCCAGAGGCUUCUCUUUCCAGACUUGUCUACGUAAUUACUCCCACCAAGCAGGCUGUUCAAACCAUAAUCAACCACACCGAAGUAGAUCGCAAGGCUCAAAUAAAGAGAUGUAGAUUGGUUGCAUUUGUUCCUAAACAGACGGCAGCGGUCAAAACACUACUGGAGUCGCGAGGUGUCCUGGGGGAUGACCUUCAAAUUGGUGAUCUCUCCUUCGGUUGGAUCCCCAUUGAUGUUGAUCUAAUCUCACUGAACCUCCCCGAGGUCUACACCAAUUACUUUCUCCACGGUGACACCUCAUGGCCAUAUCACUUCGGACAGAUGCUGGGCCAUGUUUUGGAGACUGUCCUUCAUGCUGACCAGGCACCCACGGACAUCAGCCUUCACGCUUUUGGCAGUGCGGCGCAGGUCUCUGCGGCUGGUCUCAGCUCUGCCAUUUGUCAAAUCAGAACCAGCAGGUUGGCCAAUUCGGAGAGCAUUGUUGACUCGGACGAUCAGGACUCAUUAUCUGCCACAUCAUACCAUCAACCAUUGUUCAUUCUCUUUAGUCGAAAUUUGGAUUAUGUUACAACAUUCAUGGUUCCGACUACAUUCGAGGCACUCAUUCAUGAGAUUAUCGGAAUCGAUAAUGGUGUUGUCGAACUCCCAAAUGUCCAAAAGGGGGACAUGGUGCCCACCAAAUUAAACUUAAGUAGUUCCAACAUCAGCUGUUUCAAGGAUGUGAGAAAUGCGCACAUUUCUACCGUACAUAAGUGGCUACAGGCACAGCGUUCCCAGCUGGAGGAUUCACGUACAGGACUAGGAUUUUCGCUGGCCGCGCUGGAUCGGAGCUUGCCGAAUCCUGGCGAAGGUCCCCGCGUACCCAGCGUCACCAGUCUCACUAACCUCUCCUCUCAACUGAAGCCCAUUCUUUCUGUGCGCAAAGAUCUCACUUCCCUUUUCAUCUGUCUCGAGGAGGUGAUGCGGAAGAUGGCGAACGAGGAGCGCGUGGAGGACCUGUUGGGGGCACAGAUGGAGAUCCUGCAAUCGGGUAGCGGAGGCGCAUUGGCAAUGCCCGUGGCUCCACCGCCAUCACCGUCGUCAUCAACGGCAUCGACAGGGUCGGCGUCGUCGUCCCAGCAGGAAGCGUAUGAACCUAUGCCCUCUGAGGCCUCUACAGGCACUUGCGCUGACGACCCCACUUGCCAGCCUGUCCGGCUCGCUCUUGAGUGGCUCUCCACCAGAUUCGGUGACCGCCUGGCAGAGGCGGUGCGACUGCUCUGCCUCCUCUCUAUCACGCAUGACGGUCUGGGUGAGGAACUGUACAAUCGGGUGAUCCGGCAUAUCCAGCAUGCCGUAGGCUUCUCUAUCUAUCCCGUCCUGGUGGCGCUGCAUCGUCUUCGCCUCCUGUACCCCCGACUCCCCCGUGGCGCACCACUGGCGUCAACGCAGUCCCAUGUCGAGAAGGCGGAGGCGGUGCCGUCGUCUCGCUCCACUCUCCGACUUGUCCUCGCACCCACCAAUGCGGACAAACUCGCCAGUGCUACUGAGCGCCUUAUUAAACGCCGAAAAUCUACCUACAAUCGUCUGCAUCGUCAGCUACAGUUAAGCAUGCGGUCGCAGGCGAGCCUCAGUGUGGACAAGCCUGCGGUCUCACCCUCCUACGUGUUCGGCGGCCAGCACGUGCCCGUGGUCGUGCGGUUGGCUGAGUCCCUCUGGGCCGAAGGUCUGGCCGGUGCUGCCAACACUGGACGACCCGUUCUCAACGGAAGCGAACUGCUCAGGAGGGACCAACUGUCACGUGCCCUCACUCUUUUACACGUUGAUGAGAGAGUCGCGAAGACCCUGGGUCGUGUCUCACUAGUGCCGACGGUAACGGGGACGAGCGAGGGAGGUUGGAAAACUCUGUCACACGGACAGACGGUGGUGGUCGCCUUCGUGGGUGGCUGUACUUAUGCAGAGGUGGCGGCUCUUCGCUUUGCCGCGGCACGUCGCUGCUGGCGUCUCCUCAUUGCCACAUCGCAGAUCCUCUCCACUAAAUCCCUCAUUCACCAAGUUGGGCAGGCCGCCGCGCUAUAG